ACGAGAGAGAGAGAGAGAGAGCGAGAGUGGAAAAGAUUCCGACCGCGAGCAGAAGCCGACGCCAAAAUGCCUCAUUGAAAAAAAAAGAAAAGCACUCCUCGCGCUUGGUGAAACAAUGGACACGCAGGACGGCACGGAAUUCGUGACAGUGGUAUCGGUACAGGGUGGAGCUAAACAACCACCGCCCUCGGCGUCAGUAGCAGCAGCAGCACCCUCACCCUCGGAAAGUUUCAUCACGGUAUUGUCGAUUGGCCAGCAACAACAGUUAGCCAAUGGAAUCGAUCCGGCACAUCCUGAGGAAGAAGUCGAGGUUUACAGACUACCCGGUGAAAGACUUGGCUUUGGAUUGAAAUUUGAAGGUGGAAAUAAAACUUCUGAGAGGGUGAGACGAUUGUUCAUCCAGAGCUGUGCUGAACAGAGUCCUGCCAGCAGAGCUACUUGCUCGUGGGGACAUCUUGGAGAAGGUGACGAGGUGUUGCUGAUCGAUGGAGUGUCGGUGACGCAGAUGACGCGACUGGACUGCGUUCGCCGAUUGAAAGAGUCGCAGUUAGUAAUCAAACUGAUGGUUCGUUGUCGAGGCGCUUUAAGACCCGAAGUCGUCAGUGCUGAACGUAAAGAAGGAAGUAAAGUACCACCCGAGCUACCGUCAGCUCCACCACCAGUGCCACCGAGGAAAUUGAGACACUCGCAGUCGCAAACUAAUCGAGGCUCAGCCGACGGGGAAGCUAGUCCAGGUUCCAAACAAUCAUGGGACAGCCCAAAAUCAACCGGUUCUUCGCAAACUGGAUCGCCUCGUUCAGUAGCAAGUUUCCGCAGUGCUGCGAGCAGCGUAAGAUCCAGCAAUUACGAUAGUUGCAACUCAUCGCCAGCCAAAAUUAUCGCUCUUUCCAAAAGUGACAGUCCCAAAGGAUCGCCGAAAGUUCACAUGUCGCCUGUACUGAAUAAAUCCAAACAGGAACUGUCGCCAGCCGAAGCACAGUUAUACCUAGACGCUCGCUCGCAGGACGGUUCGAGUACCCACGGCAGUGCAUCAGACGACACGAGCAGUUCGUUAUCCACAGUCAUCGAUCGUCUCGAUCGUUUCUCCACGACGUCGACCAUGUCUACCACAUCGGAACAAUUUUUCCGCAACUCACCGGAAUUAACGACCAACGGAGUGGACUUUUUACUUUCCAGGCUGGCUAAUUCGGAAGCUCGUACUUACGUGGAGUCGCACGGCGAUGUUGAGCGCGUUACCGCGGUGGUCGCGCCUAAUACUGUGUUGAUCGAAGAGACGCCGACACUGCAACCACCGUUAAGUUUUCAAGAUGCGCCGCUGAGCUAUGGGCACGAGCCUCGUCCAGGGAUUUUCUAUUCGGCCGAUUUGGCAGCUGAUUCGAGAACUCAUUUCCGCCCGAUCAAAGACGAUGCCGACGUGGUAGAGAAAGUCGUAAAUGGUCAUGAAGUACCACCUUUGCCUGUCAAAAAUCAUGUCAACAGAAUUCCAAUCGUUCAAGAGGAAGAGCAUGCGAAAACUCCGGUGUUGCCACCGAAACCUAUGCCUAGGAAGGACGUGAGAGCUAAGCGGAAGAGGCCACCACCUCCACCUCCACCGCCUAGACGAGAACCUAUGCCGAUUCCUGAAGCGAGAAUUUUGGACACCGUUAACGACAGUGAGUGUGAAAAUGAAAUUAAGGAAGAGGCGAAGGUUGAAGAAGUAUUGACGGAGAGUUCGGCGGAUAACGUAGACGAUAACGAGAUAGAAAUUAAUACGAAAGAUGAAAAUGCGAAUGAACAUCAAACGAAUAAGAUACUAGAACUAGUCGACAUGAAGAUACAGAACUCAUUCUCGAGGACCUCGGACGAUGAAAACGAGGUAGCCGAACGAGAGAACGACGAUUCUGUCGAUGUCGAAAUGAUGAACAGUAUCAAUCGAAAUUUGAUAGUUGACAAUGAAAUGGUGGAUGAGGAAAAAGUUGAACAAAUGAUGAUGGAGCAGAUUGUUAAAGAACAUAAUGAGCCGAGUGAUGAAAGUGACGACGGUGAUGAUUAUUAUUGGCAGAGCAAUCUAGCUACCAUCGGCGAGGAGGAGGAGAACAAUUCUUUAGAAUACGAAGAUGUUAAUGAAGUGCCGUCAUCCGUGGACAAUAAACAAUCGAAUGAACGAUCAUUUGAGGAACAGGUCAUCAAAGAAUACGCUGUUGAACAUGUGCCAGAAGUCAUCGAGAAAAAAGGUAAGAAAUAAAAAACCAACAGCAGAAGUCAUCUUACACAUUCCGCAAGUUGACCAUUAAAUAUAAAUUAAUAUUAUUCAUUCAUUUUUCUUGUGGCAAACUAAUAAAAG